GUUCUAGCACAGUGAAUUAGUUUCCAGACAUAUUUUUUCCUAUAGCUGCUCUUAAGUUUCAGACAGACACACUUUUUUGUUAGGGGCUGAAGACUUUUUAAAUAUGUAAGGAGGUUUAUGCUUCUGUUCUGUUACCUCUGAUAAUUUUUUCUGUUGUUUGUGACAUCUGUACUUAAACAUCUUUGAAGCUUUUGCUGUGCAGAGCUUUGCAGACCUAGAAUUUUGGAAGUUUUCAAAAGAAGCAAAUUUACAGGUUAUCUUCUAGUGUGUAUUCAUUGUGGAUGGUUUCAAAGUAACCACAUGACUGCCUUUGCACCCAGGUAUGUUUAAUGCCUUUAUCAAGUCCUGUUCUUUCUAUAUCUUUUCCAUACAGAAAUCUAGAUUUCAGAUUACUAUCCCAACUCCAGAAAUGAUACAUUUUCUAGUCCUCGUUUAUGUUCUUGAAGUAUAUCUUAUUCUUUCUAUAGGAAAACUAUUCUGCCUAAUUUCAUAAGUCAUAGCAUAUUCAUAUUUAACUUUUUUAAUACUAUGGUCUGUGUUGUCACUCUCCAGGACAGAUGAGCUAUUGUGAGAAGUUUUCUUAAUGAGAAAUUACUUUUUAAGGAUUCUUUUAUGGAAGAAGCAUUUUGUGGUGGGUUUACCAUUACCUUAUUUCCAGUGAACUAACUUGAAAGUGAUAUAGUAUUCUGUUAAUUUUAAAUGACCUAUUAUGAAUACGUUACUUACUAAAGGAAGCUGUUGUAGAUAGUCUAAAUGCUUUAGCAGCAAUGACACUUGAGCCUUAAAUCUUCAGUGCUAUUGGAACGCCCCUCGUGUUUUUGUAGAGAUGCAGACAUCGAGGAAUGCAAGAGCAGGUAGGUAGAUGAUGGUUUUCCAACUUUGAUGAACACUGAUCUGUAGCAUUGUUGGUAGAUAAAACUUUUUAUCCCACAGCAGACUCCUGAUCAUGGCUUGCCCCUGUGAUUUUCCUGUGUUCGUGAUCCUCAGAAACAUGGUGCUAACCUUGAAAAUACGGCACUAUACAGUUACCUUUUUUGUGCUUGUUCUAUUGGAACAGAAAAUGAUCUUGUGCGUAUCCACUGAAAAUGUGUACAGGAAAGCAAAUGCUAUGCGUGGGGCUGUUGAGCUUUGUUAGGAGUUUCACCCUUGCAGUCGUAAGGUUCUGCAGUAUGAACAGAGCUGCAUUAAGGAAAAAUCUUGUUUCUCUUUGGGUAUAGCUGCUGUGGCUGAAGAGGGUACGGUCCCCAGCCAUUUGCUCUGACCUUCUGCCAGAGGUUACCACAGAACAUCGCUUCUCAGGUGCUAUAUUUUGCAGUCUGUUAAGUUGGUUUAAAUCCCUUGGGUGUUGUGUGUCACCUAUCUUAAAAGGCCAGGCUGCGAACCAGGGGAUGGGUCUGUGCACCCACCCCGCUCUACCAUGGCUGGUGGAGGGGUGGGAGGGAUGUGGAAUCGUGUGAAGUCAUCACAACCCAAGACCGAGCACAAAGUUACGCUCUUCCUGGGCCGGGAAGAAACGUCUCUGGUUUGGCUGCUUGCUGCUGGUGAGGAGAACUGGUGUUUUUUCAGCAAAGGUGAAAUGCUUCCUCAGAGGGGUUCUGCUUGCGCUGUGGGUUCAGCCAGAUGGGAAACCGUAAGCCAACUUGAGUGGGUGAAGAUGCAGUCUUCAAAGAUCGGGCUGAUUGUUCCACGCGGCCUCAAGACCCUGCUUGAGGGAGUGAGCCGGGCUGUCAUAGAAAACAACCCAGAUGACAUUGCUGAGUUUUUUGCUCUCUAUUUCCAAGAGCUUGUCACCUUUCGAAAAGACCAUCCAAAUCUGGAUCUAACAGAGCUGGUUGAACAGUUUGAGUUCAUUAGCGAAAAUGGGAAUAAGGGACUGGAAGAGAAGACAUCAGAGUACACACAUACUUUGUUUUCUGGGGAGCCCAAGCAAAGGGACAAGUGUACUGACACAGAGGAAGACCAGCUCCUUGAAGAACCUGAUAUUCAAUAUAGCUCCAAAGUAACUCAACACCCAUCAAUUGCCAGUUCCAUUGCAGAAAGCAAAUCCUCCCCUGGAUCUGAUGGAGCUUCAUCCCCUGAGGGACCUGAACUGGUGUACAUCCCUGCUAAGCCUGCACAGCUUGCUGCCCAUGUGCUAGGUAACACUGAUUCUUUUUAUUCUGUGAGGGAUGUGGCAACCAGCGUGCAGACUCUUCAUGAAGACUCUCAGACCUCAGAGAAUGAAUGUACACCGGUAGAAGGUGCUGCUGAAGAUCCUUCUGCUGUCCCAGCAGCUGAUGCUUCUGUAGAGGCUGUUACGCCACAACCAGGAGCGUGGAGUCAGUCCUCCAUAGCUGGAGAACUAGGGCCCUCAGACAGCCAGGCUGAUGUCUCAACAAAUGAUGUAGAUCAAGCUUCCUUGGUCUCUUUGUGGGAAGACCCAUCACCAUUGCCUCUUUCACUACCACCAUCACCUACUCCUAAAGAUCCAUUGCAGGCUGUGCCUUCCUGCAAUGAAGCUGAGGUUACCUCCACCACUGAGGUUGUAUCACUGUGUUGGGAUGAUGAGCUGAUUAUGGACGCAGGGGUUCUACCUUAUGUAGAGCAGUUUCCACAGAAAAUAAUCAUUCCCUUUGUAGACCAAACAGCUUAUCUGUUAAAGAUUGAGCAGCCUUUAAAUGUGGGCCAAGGCUUAAGCGCUACGGCCUCAGGUUCAUCUGAUGAUGAUUUAGUGUGCCAUCCUGAGAGAACAGAAUCUACAGUACAAGUGGAAUCAGCUGAACAAGUUUAUGUCAUGUCAGCCAUGGCAUCAAGUGAAGCAGGACAGCCACCACCCCAUUCUAAUGUGUGGACCCUCUAUUGCCUAACUGACUUGAGACAAGGUCAAAAAUCACCACCCUCCCUUCCUCCUGCUGGAGCUGGUGUUCCUUAUUCCCAGGCAACCCCUAGUCUUUCCAGGGGGAAAGAUCAACAAUGUGGUCAGCUGUCAAAAUUAUCUGCCCCAAUUUAUGUGAUGCAAGAAGAAAGCAAGAUGGGAAAUGCUCCACCUUUCAUUUUAGUGGGCUCUAAUGUGCAGAACACACAGGACUGGAAACCUAUUCCUAGCCAUGCUGUCUUUGCACAGCAAGAUGCAGGUGCCAAGAGAUUCACUACAGUCCCAGUCCCAGUCGCCAGGCCAGCUGAUGAGGAAACAGCUUUGGCAAGCCCAAAUUCUAAUUCUGCAGAGGAAACUGAGGCUAAGCUGCACACACCCAAUGUUUUCUUAGUUGCCAUCCCUCUGGAUGAUGUGAUGUCUGCAAAGAAAGGCCCACCCGCUGGUGAUAAGCUCACAGGUUGAAAAGAGAGACUGUGUGGAGUUCAGGAAGAGUUCAGGAGGAACAGAGAUUACAUUGUAAUAAAUCAAGUAAAACAUAAUGCAAAUGCUCAA